AAAUCCUGUACUCGACUGAGAAUCCUUUCUUUACCACCAUCAGUCACCACAAGUUGCUAAAAUGAGUGAGGCCGUGACAAUCAGAACUCGCAAGUUUAUGACUAACCGCUUGCUUCAAAGAAAGCAGAUGGUCGUCGAUAUUCUUCACCCUGGUAAGGCCAAUCUUUCUAAGAAUGAACUUCGCGAAAAGUUGGCUCAAAUGUACAAGACCGAUGCCGAGAAUAUUACUGCCUUUGGUCUUCGUACUCAAUUUGGUGGUGGCAGGUCUACUGGUUUUGCCUUGAUCUACGACUCCAAUGAGGCUUUGAAGAAGUUUGAACCUCAUUACCGUCUUGUCCGUGUUGGUCAAGCCCAACCCAUCGAAAAGGUUGCCCGUCAACAACGCAAGCAACGUAAGAACAGAGGCAAGAAGGUCUUUGGUACUGGCAAGCGCCUUGCCAAGAGAAGAGCCAAGAGCCAAGACUAGAGUGUUUGUCGUUCAUAGCCGCGUACUAAAAUAUUCAAUACACUCAAUUCUCCACCAAGGUAACCAAAAAAACAGUCAGCUAUCACUGAUAUUCUAUUAUCUU